AAACCUUAGUGAUACUAAAAUUGGCUAAGGAAAAAAAAACAAAAACAAAAUAGAAAAACGGAAGCUUCAUGACGAUUCCCCUUGGUUUGUAAGAGGGAGAAAUCCGGUUUAAUCGCGGGUGACGGCGCGUGCAACAACACGCAUUUAAUUAUCUCGUCGUCUUCUUCUUCUUCUUCUUCUUCUUCAACUCUGUAAAUGGAGACAACCAGAAGCAGCAGAGAGAUCUAGUUGUACAAAGUCCUCUUCUCUUCAAUCACACUGUCUUUCUUUAUGGCGACUCAGCAUUCGACGGCUCUAGAGCAUAACGCAAAGCCAAUGGAAAAGUCAGAGUGGUCGAAGGAGGAAGAAGAAGAUGAGUUCGAGGAGUGUGUUCAAGAAGAAUCAAAUGGUUCUCUAACGCCUGUGCUCGAUAAUAGCUUGGACUGGAAUGAGCUUGAGAAACAGAAGGUCGCGAUCAUGAGAGCUUUUGUUGAAAAGGAAGACUCCUCUGCUAAGGAUGUAGAUGAUUUCAUGAUACGAAGGUUCUUAAGAGCUCGUGAUUUAGAUAUAGAGAAGGCUUCUGCCAUGUUUUUGAAGUACUUGAGCUGGAGAAGAUCUGCUAUUCCUAAUGGUUUUAUAUCACCGUCUGAGAUAUCAACCAAUCUUGCUCACAACAAGUUGUUUAUGCAAGGUGUUGAUAAGAGUGGACGUCCAAUUGUAGUUGGCUUUGGUAACAGGCACAAACAAGGAAAUAUAGAAGAGUUUAUUCGUUAUGUAAUCUUUGUUCUAGAGAAAAUAAGUUCCAGGAUGCCAAGUGGGCAGGAAAAGUUUGUGUGUAUUGGCGACCUUCAAGGAUGGGGAUACUCUAAUAGUGAUAUUCGUGGAUAUCGAGCAUCUCUAUCAAUCUUGCAGGAUUGCUACCCUGAGAGGCUGGGCAAGUUAUACAUUGUCCAUGUUCCUUACAUAUUCAUGACAGCAUGGAAGAUGGUUUACCCAUUUAUUGACAAGAAAACCAAGAAGAAGAUAUGCUUUGUGGAGGACAAAAAGCUGAGAUCCACGCUGCUAAAUGACAUUGAUGAGAGCCAACUCCCUGAUGUAUAUGGGGGCAAACUUUCGCUAGUUCCAAUCCAAGAUUUCUAAAUACCUUCAGAGAUUGACAAACUGGUGAAUCACUCUCUAUCCUAUAAAUCCUUCACGGUUAAUACCCAUAGCCCUUCUCUUUUCUCUCCACCUUUCUUUUACUUGUUUUCUAGUUGCUGAUAACGCAGUACUAUAACAAGGUUAAUAGUGUAUAAGCUUUUAUAGGGAAAUAACUCUCUUAGAGAAGUUCUAUUGUAGAAAUCAGACUCUUACCUAUGUUACUGAAUUAAUAGAUUACUUAUUCUUAUUACGUUUUU